AUGACUUCCAUUGCAGAGGGGCUUUUUAAAUCCCUUCCAAAGCCGAAAUACACCGGCGAGGAUGAGGAGAUCCCGCAUCACGCGCAGCCCCGUGGUCCGCGGGUCGUGGGCGCGGACCAGAUCGAUGAGUCUCAGAUUGUACUAAGGAAAACCGGUCCGCCCCCGUAUGGAAACCGUACCGGAUGGCGUCCUCGAGCCCCCGAAGAUUUUGGCGACGGUGGCGCGUUCCCCGAGAUUUUGGUCGCACAGUAUCCGCUCGACAUGGGCCGGAAAGGUUCAUCAUCGACAUCUAAUGCACUUGCUGUGCAGGUUGAUGCAGAGGGAAAGGUCAAAUACGAUGCGAUCGCGCGACGAGGCCACAGCGAUAACCGGAUUGUGCACGCCUCCUUUAAGGACUUGAUCCCGCUCCGACAGCGGGUGGAUAUGGGUGAAAUCUCGCUUGACCGGCCGUCAGAAGAGGAAGUCACGGCACAGAUGGAGAAGACGAAGAAUGCGCUGGCGAACCUGGUGUCGGGAGCCGUGGCAGCACAGAAGCCUAAGAACGUGAAGGGGGGUAGUCGGGCGGAGCCGACCUUUGUUCGUUAUACGCCUGCGAACCAGAUGGGUGAUAAUUCUCGGAAGAAUGACCGCAUCAUGAAGAUUGUGGAAAGACAGCAGGAUCCUAUGGAACCGCCGAAGUUCAAGCACAAAAAGAUCCCUCGUGGACCGCCGUCGCCGCCCCCGCCGAUCAUGCAUUCGCCGCCGCGGAAACUUACGGCCGAAGAUCAGGAGGCCUGGAAGAUCCCACCGCCUGUGUCGAAUUGGAAGAAUCCCAAGGGUUAUACGGUUCCGCUCGAUAAGCGUUUGGCCGCAGAUGGUCGUGGCCUGCAGGAUGUUACUAUCAACGAUAAGUUUGCUCAGUUUGCUGAGGCUUUGUUCACUGCCGAUAGACAUGCUCGUGAGGAGGUUAGACUGCGUGCUCAGAUGCAGCAAAAAUUGGCGGAAAAGGAAAAGGCGCAGAAGGAGGAACACUUGCGGGCACUUGCCCAAAAGGCCCGCGAAGAGAGAGCUACCAGCAGCCGUCGCGACUCCCGUGCGGUGUCUCGCUCUCGCUCUCGCUCUCGCAGUGUCAGCCGCAGUCCGUCUCCGUCCUCUGAUCGAGGCACUCCGAGUGACGACGAACGAGCUGCCCGGGAGCGUGAGCGCAUGCGUCGCGAGCGCCGUCAGGAAAACGAGAGACAGCUCCGUCAGUCGAGAAUGGGUACAGAGAGACGUAUUCAAGCAAUGGCUCGUGAACAGAACCGUGACAUCUCGGAGAAGGUCGCUCUGGGAUUGGCCAAACCGACUCAGUCUUCCGAGACUAUGUGGGAUUCUCGUCUGUUUAACCAGACGAGUGGAAUGGACUCCGGAUUCAACGAGGACAACCCCUAUGACAAGCCGUUGUUUGCUGCGCAGGACGCCAUCAACAGCAUCUACCGUCCCCGGGCCCAAGUCGACGCCGACGACGACGAGGGUGGUGCUGAGGGAGAGAUGAGCAGGAUUCAAAAGUCGAACCGAUUCGAAGUUCUGGGCAAGGCUAAGGAAGGCUUCCGUGGAGCCGCUGAUGCUGAGGCCCGUGAUGGCCCUGUUCAAUUCGAAAAAGACACCACUGAUCCCUUCGGCAUCGACAGUAUGAUUGCCGACGUCACUGGUGGAGCUGGACAGAAGCGCUACGGCAUUCAGGAAGUCGAUCGUGAAGACCGUGGCUCCAAGCGCGCCAGAGUUGACGAGGAGUAA